AUGGUUCAUGUUGAAGAGUCUUUACAGCUGCCCCGAGAUUUCGAAGGCUUCGGUGAAGAAGGUCAUGACCCCCAGUGGCCGAAUGGCGCGCGAAUCGCAGUGUCCUUUGUACUUAACUACGAAGAAGGUGGUGAGCGGAAUGUUCUGGAUGGCGAUGGAACCAGUGAAGCAUAUCUUUGGGAGAAGGGACCCUCUGGAGGUGGCCGAGAGCAUCGCCAUCUCAAUGGAGAACAAGACUUCGAAUAUGGAAGUCGUUGCGGCGCUUGGCGUAUUCAUCGGCUCAUGAAGGAGUUCAACUGGAAAAUGACUCUCUGGGCUGUCUCCAAGGCUAUGGAAAGGAACCCUUCUUUUGCAAAGGCUUGUGUACGCGAUGGCCACGAGAUCGGUGCCCAUGGUUACAGAUGGCUGGACAUCUGGGAUUAUUCUUUCGAAGACGACAAAGCCUACAUCAAGAAGACUUGCGAGACACUUGAAGCUGCAACUGGCGUGUUUCCAGCAGGAGCUUACUUUGGCAGAGGGACCCCAAAUACUGCGUCGUUACUGCCACUGAUGUGGAAAGAAAUGGGCCACAAGCUGCUCUACACCUCCGAAGUGUAUAACGAGGAUUCGCCAUACUGGAUCGACCUACCUUGGGAGAAAGAGCUUCCCGAUGAUAAGAAAGAGGGCAUGUUGAUGGUUCCGUACAACUACGAUUGCAACGACGGAAAAUUUCACAUGAGCCCUGGGUUCGUCAGCUCUAGCGGCGCCACUUACGAACAGUACCUCAAGGAUGCAUUUGACUGCCUAUAUCGCGAAGGCGGUAAGAUGAUGACGAUUCCGAUGCAUAGUAGGAUUGUUGGUAAGCCUGGUCGAUCAGAAAGUCUUAGGCGAUUCAUGAAGUACAUCUCGGAGAAGGAAGGUGUGUGGGUGACCACUCGCACCGAGAUAGCCAACCACUACCGAGAGAAGUUUCCGUACCGACCAGGUUCUAAGACUGGUGGCGCUUGA